AUGGAGCUUGUGGAAAUCUUACGAAAAUCGAAAUCGUAUUUCAGCAUAAUUCCUGAUGAAACAACCGAUGUUUCCACCGAAAAGCAAUUAGGAAUAUGCGUGGUAUAUUUUGAUGAAAGCGAUAUGAAGAUUGUCACCAGAUUUUUUGACAUGGUAUCUGUCGUAGACUCAACUGCAAACAGGCUUUAUCAAGCAAUCAGAAUGGGAAAUAUCAUAGGAUAUUCCUCAGACACAACGAAUGUCAUGUUUGGUGAGCAACAUAGCGUUGUGUCCCUCGUGAAGCAAGAUGUUCCACAUGUUCUUGCCGUAAAAUGCAGUUGCCACUUGAUCCACUUAUGUUCAUCAUACGCGUGCCAAAAGCUGUCUACUUCGCUGGAAGAUCUAUGUAGAAAUGUCUACUCGCAUUUUAGCAGAUCAAGUUUGAGACAAAAGGAAUACCAACAGUUUCAAGAAUUCGUGUUGUGUGUUGUUAUGUUUAGCCCAAACCAGAUGGUUGUCGUUAGAAUCGUGUGCUAA